UAGGCUAUGAGAAUUUCAUUAAAGGUCAAAAUUAAAGGACUAGGACAACAAAAAUAACAAAAUUAAAUUGACAAAAAUAAACACCAAUUUUUUUUUAAAAAAAUAUACGCAGCAGGUGUCGAACCCAGGUUACACUGCUACAAAUGGGUGUAGUUAACCAAUGGGACAAAGUAAGUAUUGUGAUUAUUUUGUAAUCGUUUGAAAAUUAACCUUUCGCCUAUGUUCUUAUUUUGACGCAAAACCUUUAAUUCGUCCAUCUUCUUGAUUGGAACUGAACUUUCCUCUUUUGUUCAUCCGCGAUUCUCGUUGUUCUUGUUGGAAUAUUAUUUUAUUUUUUUUAAGCAAAUUCCUUAUUCUGCUGGAUUUCUUAAAAUCGAUUUGGAAUUUUUUAAUUUUCAACAAUUGUUCCCUCCAAAAAAAAUCCCGCAAUAUGUGGGAUAUAGAAACUACAAUUAGGUUUUUUUUUUCUUUUCUCUGGGAUAUAGAAACUACAACAAAAUCGACUGGUUCCUUAGAGAGAAUAACUGUUGACGAUUAAAAACUUCCAUCUCGAUUUUGUGGACUUCGGAACUGAGUGACGGAUUCGACUUGCUUGCACGAAUUCAGCACUAAAAUGUCCAGAUUUGGAGGGAAGACGCCUUCUAAUCAUGAUGAUACGACUCCAAAUGAUUAUGAACAACAAAGACUCAGGCAUAUUAAAUCUAACAAGCUGAAAAUGCAAACUUUAGGUAUAAAGCGCAUUGCUGCUUGUGUGACAAGUUUGGUGGAUAGCUCAAAACCUCAGAAAAGACGACAAAAAUGUAAUUUUACACUUGAGAAAGAUGGUGACUAUGUGCCUGACGAGGAUGAGGAAGAUGAGCGUGAGGAUCAAACUCAAAUUAUGACUACAAAUAAAAAGGUUAAAAAUAAUGAGAUCAAAGGAGGAGGGAAAAAAAACAAAUUUAUUGCACCGAUGUCAGUUGCCAAGUUAUUAAGAUCAAGACCGAACAAGGAAAAACAAGCAGCACAUGGAACAAAAGAAGUGGGAACAAUUAAAGAAACCCUCUCAACUUUACAAGAAGACCUUCAACGACAAAAGACGUUAAAGGAUAGGCAAAGCAAUAAUCUCCAUAGAGUUGAUUUAGAGCAUGAUGAGAGGCAACUUGUUGAGAACAAUGAUAAUAAUGCUUUAGAAGAUCAAGAAGGCGGUAAGGAUCUAGACGAGACAAGAAACUAUGGUUUAGAAAAUCAAGAAAAUAAUAUCAUUUCAAACACGUUGAGAAAUCAUGACGAGGAGACACUUGCUGACAAGGAGGGGGGAGAGGAUAAUUCUGCAAACAAGAAAAAGAAGAAAACAUACAAGACCGUCACUCCUAGAGGCCCUACAAGAAAUCUUCAAAUGGCAAGAAUGAGACCCGGUGAGAAGAAAAAAGUGGAUUUCAACAUAAAAGGCCAACCUAUUGGUGUGAAUAGAGCUUGUCUUGCAAGUUAUUGUGGCUCCCUUGUUAGAGAUCCUCUUAAUGCCCCACUUCAAAAGUUGAAAGUAUUUUCAGAAAUUCCAGAAGAGAAUAAGGAGAAGAUGUGGGAUCUUGUUCUGGAAAAAUUCGAUAUUGGACUUGAGGAUGAUCAAGAUGAAGGGGAACGUGAAAAAAUAAAAAAAGAAAGGAAAACAUACAUCAUGGGGUCUUUGAAUAAAAAAUACAGGAAUUAUCGUGCAAGACUGAAAGCUGAUUAUUAUGAUAUUGAGAGCACAGACGAGGAGAAGCUUAAAGAAGAAAAUAGGCCACCAAAUGUUGACAAAGAUGACUGGGAAUGGCUUGUUGAGUACUUUGGAUCAGACGAGUUUAAGGGUAAAAGUACAAGAAAUACCAAAAAUCGAUCUUACCAAGAUGCCGGACACACUUCUGGUACAAAGAGUUUUGCUCAAAAAGUUGAAGACAUGUUCGAACGUGACAAAGUAAUGCCGACCAUGCUGAAAUUGUACGAAGAAACUCAUUCAAAAAAUGAUAAGACACCGGUUACUGAAGUGGCAAAAGAAACAAUGGUAAGAAAUGAAUGCUUGAUAUAUAUACUAAUUGCUAAUUGUUAAUGCAUUUUAAUUUUCCC